CACCACUCUUUCUUCUUCUUUCAUUUCCGUGGGGAAAGAAAUGGAAAAGAGAGAGGAAGUGAGGCUUUUGGGUGCAUGGUACAGUCCGUACACUCUAAGAGCAAAGAUUGCUCUUCAGCUCAAAUCCCAGGACUACGAGUCGGUGGAGGAGAACAUGUUCGGGUCCAAGAGCCAGAACCUUCUGGAAUCGAACCCGGUUCACAAGAAAGUACCGGUUCUGAUCCACAACUCUAAACCGGUUUGCGAGUCCAUGGUCAUCGUUCAAUACAUCGACGAGACAUGGGAUUCAUCAGGACCCUCCAUUCUUCCCUCCGAUCCUUAUCUUCGGGCCAUCUCUCGGUUCUGGUCUUCCUUUGUUGAUGACGUGUGGUUCGCGGCGUUUAGAGCAGCGGCCGUGUCCAAGUCGGAGGAUACGAAAGCUAAGCUCACGGAAGAAGCCGGGGCAGCGUUGGGGCGCUUGGAGGAAGCAUUCGCGAGCGUAAGCCAAGGGAGAAGGUUCUUUGGCGGGGAGAGCAUCGGGUUUAUCGACAUCGCCCUCGGGAGUUUCAUGGUCCUCGUGAAGGCCAGGGAGAAGCUGAAAGGAGAGAAGAUUCUUGACGAGAUCAAGACUCCGUCCCUUCACAAAUGGGCUGAUGACUUCUUGUCAAGUGAAGCUGUGAGAAAGGUCGCGCCAGAGAUCGAUAAGGUUGCCGAGUUUCUUGGAGAGCUUGAGGUUAAAGCCCAAUCAGCUUCGAGAUCUUGAAAUUGCUCCUUCCUUGGAAAUAACUAUGCCAUGAUGUUUGCAUAUAUAAUAAAUAUAACGUGUGAUUGUGGUGUGUGUUAUA